AUGGACAAUGCUUCGUACCACAGUGUUCAGCUCGAAAAGUUGCCCUCGACGUCAUCCCGCAAGGCCGAGAUUCAGUCUUGGUUUACUCAAAAAAUAAUAAACAUCCUGUGUUUUAAUAACCAGUUGAAGCCCGGACUCAUUCAGCUGGUUAAUCAAAACAAGCACCGUUUUUAUGGAUACCGGAUUGAUGCCCUGGCCAAGGUUGCUGGUCAUGACAUUGUUCGACUUCCUCCUUACCAUUAUGAUUUCAACCCCAUUGAAAGGGUAUGGAGCCAGGUCAAGGGUUAUAUUGCAGCCAAGAACAGGUCGUUCACUCUUGCUGGAGUCGAAGAACUUCUAGACAAAGCCAUUGCCCUUGUGACUCCAGAAAACUGGGCGUGA